AUGGGAUGUGGUGUGUCGAGCGCGGCAUCGACGAUAACCGUGGGCGCCCACGGGCCCCCGACGACCGUGCCUUUGCCAGUGUGGAAUGUAGGUGAGGAAGGCGCGGGGAUGAGCAGGUGUAUGGGUGAUGGCAUGGGUGACGACUCCGUGGGCAACGAGCAAGCCAUCAGUGUCUCACGGGACGACUUCCGCAAGACAAUCACCCGUGCCGUGCGGCACCUCCAUGCGCGGCAGCAGGAAAGGGCAGACCCUCUCGAUGCGGGAGAGGUGGAGGACCUGGUGAUUCUUUCGCGCGAACUGGAAAACCUUCAGGCAAAGAUGAGGUCUACAUCUUCCACCGUGCUGGGGACGUGGCGGUUGCUGGAGCAGCAGAAUGUCGUUGACUCCUUGGCGCAGCGCAUGUACAACAGCAUGCUGGCGAGCAUCCCGAGAAUGCAGUCAUUUUUCGAUGGUGUGGAGUCGACGGAACAGCCGAAGCUGCUGGGGCGAAUGCUUGCAACGGCUGUUCAUGUCUACGGGAAACCCGAUGUUAUGCUGCAAAUGUUUCAUUCUGUGGGGGCACGACAUCGUGUGUAUGGUGUCACCAGCGAGCAUUUUGAGCAUAUGCGGGAAGCGUUCUUUCAUGAAUUCCCACAGUUCAUUGGUCAAGAUGUCUUCGAAGCAUGCCAGGAGGAGUGGCGUAAGUUCUGGUCAACGAUACUGGAGGCCGUCGAACGUGGCAGCAAGGGUUCUAGGGGUGAAGAAUAUGCCAAGAUUUAUCAGCAGGAAACUGUGAAAAAGCUGCAGAGUGAUUUUGGCCUUAUCCGCAAGCGCCAGGAGGGUCUCGAGGGGCCGCGACAGUUUGUAGGCACCAUGUAUGGAAAGGCAAUCGAAAUGGAUAGUCGUCUCGCAUCCUUUGAACCUCUUAAAGACCUUCGUUCGAGCAGGCGGGUUUUCCAGUCGCUAGUAGACAUUCUUGAAGGGCUAAACGAUAUGAACAAGGUGGAGCAGUACAUGUUGGAGCUUGGCGGGCGGCACGUUGCGUACAAUGUUACGGCGGAGCAUAUGAAGUCGUUCAGCAAACCAUUUCUUUACGCGUGCCACCAUUUUCUUGAGAAUGAGUGGAACAUGGCGAUGGAGGCCCGCUUCGUGUGGGUGUGGGAGCUCAUNNNGAACAUGCGGGCGCCAAAGAGCUCAGAGCCAUUCUGCUUGGUCUUCACUGACAUCGAGGGGAGCACGCGGUUGUGGGGCAAGAAUGCGGACGUGAUGGCGGCGGCGGUCAAGAACCACCACCGCAUCGUGCGAUCUAUUAUCGCCUUCUAUGGCGCCUAUGAAGUGAAGACGGUGGGGGACUCCUUUAUGAUUGCCUGCCAGGACAUAUUCGUGGGCAUCCAGAUCGCGCUGUCGAUCCAACUGGAGCUGAUGCGCGUCGUGCCCAUUACGCCCGGCUUCGAGAUGCUAGAGACGACGGAGGGUGGUGGUGAUCCCUCUUGCUGGCGAAGCGAGGCCCUUCGCGUGCGCGCGGCUGUUCAGCACUGCGUGGACGCCACCGCC